AUGAGUUCGCCCUCGGUCAAGAGCAUGGAGGAGGGUCGCAGCCCGUCCGUCCAGUACGACUAUGAGCCCAAGACGAUGGAAGGAGAGGUGGAGGAACACACAGCGACGAAACGCGGUCUGUCCUCGCGACAGCUGCAACUGCUCGCCAUCGGAGGUUGCAUUGGAACCGGUCUCUUCGUCGGUACAUCGACGGUGUUGACGCAGACCGGCCCUGCCCCUCUGUUGAUGAGUUAUAUUGUCAUGGCUUCCAUCGUCUGGUUUGUCAUGAACGUCCUGGGCGAGAUGACGACCUACCUGCCCAUUCGCGGUGUCUCGGUGCCGUACCUGAUCGGGCGCUUCACUGAACCAAGCAUUGGGUUUGCUGCGGGCUACAACUACUGGUAUUCUUUUGCUAUGCUUUUGGCCUCGGAAGUAACUGCUUCCGGAAUGAUCAUCGAGUACUGGAAUCCUCCCGUCAGUGUAGGGUUGUGGAUUGCCAUUGUUCUCGUUGUUAUUCUACUGCUCAACGUCAUCGCCGUCGAGUGGUACGGAGAGUCUGAGUUCUGGUUUGCAGGUCUCAAGAUCCUGGCCAUCAUCGGCUUGAUCAUCCUAGGCGUCGUUCUGUUCUUUGGAGGAGGCCCGAGCCAUGACCGCCUAGGGUUCCGCUACUGGCAGGACCCGGGUGCAUUCAAUCCCUACCUGGUCGACGGAAACACUGGAAAGUUCUUGGGCUUCUGGACUGCUCUGAUCAAGUCCGGGUUCUCUUUCAUCUUUUCGCCCGAGUUGAUCACGACUGCCGCGGGAGAGGUAGAGGCGCCCCGUCGGAACAUUCCCAAAGCCACCAAGCGAUUCAUCUACCGUGUCUUCACCUUCUACAUCCUGGGCAGUCUGGUUAUUGGCGUUACUGUGGCCUACAACGACCCUACCAUGGAAGCUGGAGUUGCCAGCGGCGGCUCAGGAGCUGGCUCGAGUCCGUUCGUCGUUGCCAUUCAAAACGCUGGCAUCGGGGGAUUGAACCACGUCGUCAAUGCUGCCAUUCUGAUCUCUGCUUGGUCGUCUGGCAACGCGUGGUGUUAUGCCGGAUCGAGAACCCUGUACUCGCUCGCUGGAGAAGGCCAGGCCCCGAAGAUCUUCAUGCGCACCAACAGAAACGGCGUUCCAUAUGUGGCCGUCAUCGCGACGUGGCUGAUCGGACUGCUGGCUUUCCUCAACCUGUCGAGCUCUGGGCAGACGGUGUUCUACUGGUUCACCAACAUCACCACAGUUGGUGGCUUCAUCAACUGGAUCCUUAUCGGAAUAGCGUAUCUGCGCUUCCGCAAAGCUCUCAAGUUCCACGGCAUGCUGGACAUGCUACCCUUCAAGACCCCCCUGCAGCCCUAUGGCACAUACUACGUGAUGUUUGUGAUCUCGAUUUUGACAUUGACGAACGGCUACGCGGUGUUCUUCCCCGGCCGAUUUACCGCGUCGGACUUCUUAGUCUCCUACAUUGUCUUUGCAAUCUUCCUUGCACUCUACGCCGGGCACAAGAUCUGGUAUCGGACCCCGUGGAUGACCAAGGUGUCGGAAGUCGACCUCUUCUCGGGCAAGGAUGAGAUCGACCGACUGUGUGAGAAUGACCUGGACCGCCAGCCCCGGAACUGGCUGGAGCGGGUGUGGUGGUGGAUUUUCUAG